UCAGAGCGCGCAGUACAGACACAGGACGAAGCGCACAAGAAUCUUUAUUAACAAUCUUACUGAAGAAUCCUCAUCUACGUGAAGUGAAAAUGGCGCUAAAAUAGGCGCAUCCUUUCACCUUAUGGACUUUUUGCAGUGACUCGGUUUGGAUUUCUACACUUGGUGCUCAGAGACUCCGAGAAAAAUGUGGAGAUACACGAACUUGUUCGCCUGUCUGCUGGUUCUGUGUAAGGAAGCGUCCUCACAGGGCAAGAUCUUUGGGGAGACUGAGCCUGUUCGGAUGACAUCUGAGGGCUCAGACUGCCGUUGUAAGUGCAUCAUGCGUCCUCUGAGUAAGGAUGCCUGCCUUCGGGUGCGGAGCGGCAGCGUACGAGUGGAGGACUUCUACACAGUAGAGACGGUCAGCUCCGGAUCAGACUGUAAGUGCUCGUGCACAGCCCCGCCAUCCUCCCUAAACCCCUGUGAGAAUGAGUGGAAGAUGGAGAAACUGAAGAAACAGGCCCCAGAGCUACUGAAGCUCCAAUCUAUGGUGGACCUCCUCGAGGGAACACUCUUUAGCAUGGAUCUAUUGAAAGUCCACUCUUACAUCAACAAGGUGGUCUCUCAGAUGAACACCCUCGAAGAGACAAUCAAGACAAAUCUUUCGCGAGAGAAUGAAUUUGUUCGGGACAGCAUGAUGAGCCUCACCAACCAGUUUAAAAGAUAUGAGAACUACUCCAACAUUAUGAUGAGCAUCAAGAAGGAGAUCUCCAGCCUCAGUCUGCAGCUGUUGCAGAAGGACUCCUCUGAGAGCAAAGCACAGGACACUCGUGAUGAGAAAACCAAGGCUGCUGUAAGAACACCAAACAAAAAGACCCCUGCUGCCAAACCCCCUCCCAAACCAGUCAAAGAAAAGGCAGUUAAUCCCAAGAAAGAGCUCAUCAAACCUGGGAAACCAGCCAAGCCUGACCCCACAGCAAAAGCCAAGGUGGCUGUCCACCAGCCUGGUGUGGUGAGAGGCAUCACGUACUACAAAGCCUCUAAAACCGAUGAAGAUGCACACAGAGGAGACCACUCUGCUAAAUCAUACACAGUCCAUCAUGUCACAGAAAACCAGUCUGAGGAUGGAGGGGCUGAAAUGAUCCUUGAAGCAGUGGAGGCCACAGUGGCUGAGCCCAUGGAUACUACCCCAGCUUCAACUGCUACUACUACUACUGCUGCUGCCACAACCACAACUACUACCACCACAGCCUCCACUCCUGCAGCACCUACAACUGUCUCCAUACAAAGUACCCCAGCAUCUGAAAGACCAGCUCCAACAAUUGUGUUGAUGCUGGACAACCUAAACAACAACAGCCGUCCCAGUCUCCACAGAGCAGGAAAGAUCCUUAACUGUGAAGGGACUCUGGCAUCUAUUGAGCAGCCAGAGAAGCAGCACAGUUAUGGGCGAAACGAAGGAGCCUGGAUGAAGGAUCCUCUGGCUAAGGACUCCAAGAUCUACGUCACUAACUAUUACUAUGGAAACAACCUGGUGGAGUUUCGCAACCUGGACAGCUUCAAGCAAGGUCGUUGGAGUAACCUUUUCAAACUGCCAUACAAUUGGAUCGGCACGGGCCAUGUUGUUUACAAUGGAGCCUUCUACUACAACAGGGCCUUCACAAGGAACAUCAUCAAGUAUGACCUGAGGAUGCGAUAUGUGGCAGCCUGGACGCUGCUGCAUGACGUGGUUUAUGAGGACACCACCCCCUGGAAGUGGAGGGGCCACUCGGACAUUGACUUUGCAGUGGACGAAAGUGGCUUGUGGGUAAUCUACCCUUCCAUGGACUAUGACUACAACCAGCAGGAGGUGAUCGUCAUCAGUAAGCUGGAUCCUGGAGACUUGUCCCUAAAAAAGGAAACAACCUACAGGACAGGUCUGAAGCGGAAGUCUUACGGAAACUGCUUCAUUAUAUGUGGUGUCUUGUAUGCUGUCGAUGUGUACAACCAGAAAGACGGGGAGGUGAAUUAUGCUUAUGACACUCACACCAACACUGAAGCUAUCCCACGCUUGCCCUUCACCAAUGAGUAUGCCUACACCACCCAGAUAGACUAUAACCCUAAGGACAAGAUGUUGUACGCAUGGGACAAUGGCCAUCAGCUCACAUAUCGGGUAAACUUUGUUGACGAGUGAGCACAGUAUGUACUACACUUACAGGAAGCUCACAGCAGGCCUGACAAUACGGCACCCAGACAGAAGAUUCUCAGUAUUUACCAGCCUUAAAGCAGCCAUAUUGGACUCAGCAGGACAGAGGAUGUACCUACACCAGCCUUCCAGUACCAAUACAUUCAAGUAACUGAUCUCACAGUGUACUAAGCAUACAUGCCUCAAAUAUGUGUUGAUGUGCUGGUACAAAAUGUAAAAAGAUGUGGAAAUAAUAUUGUUGGUUGAGUUAACCUUUGAGCCCUGUGCCUAGUUUUAGCCCACUGCUCAAAAAUUGUAUACCCAUGAUGAAAUGAGUAUCUCUAUUACACGCCUGAAUACUUUUAGAGUCAUUGUAAAGGGAGAUUUUGUUAAGAUGUCUACAAAUCAGUAUAUAUUACUGGUAAAGAAUAAUUGAUGAUAACACAUAACAAAUGAAGAAAGUUUCAGGCUCGCCUGAGAAACAGAAAUCAAACACUUUUAUGAUGAAUAUGAAUAACUAUUUGGAAUGAUGCAGUUGUGGCUACAAAACUCUUUCAUAGUACAAAAUAUAUAUUUCAUAUCUGCUAAGGUCAACUCUGAUGAAGAAGCAAAACAAAAUGAGUGAGGUUUUAGUUCAAACAGUUCAGAUGAUUUAAAAAUUAAGGUUACCAAACUGGACAAUUUGGCAAACUUUGGCACCAUCUGUACCCAAAGUCCGUCAAUCAGGGGAGUUCAGCUUUUUAAAGGUUAAAGUUAAUUAAGAAAUAUACUGAUUUCUUUUCAUGUGCAUUAACUGAAUAUCAGCAUGUUGGCUAAAGAGCAGACAUACUGCAAAAAUCAAAGGAUUUUUGCUUAUGGGACUGUCGCUGGAUGGUCAGAAGCUGACAUCAGUCAAGUAUGCACCCAAACAUAAGCUUUAAUAUCUCUGUAAAGGUUUGCUUAAUCUGUUUUGUGUUGUAAUACAGUCAUUUCCAAAGCCAUUCAGAAUCAUUCUCUCACUCCACAUUAGUAGUUUUAAAUUGGCUAUUUUCCUCACAACCUACAACCAAUAAUCCAUUGUGAUGAACAGAAAACAUAAAUAUUAUCUAAAUCUAUUAGAAAUAAACUGACAUCUUUCAGUUAGAAUACUUUUCAUCCCUUCCAGAUUAGUUGAAUUCCUCCGGAUUUCUUUAGUAAUCCUUCAGAUAUGUCUGGAAUCUUUUUUGUUCUCCCUUUUUAACUCAACCAGAGACAUUAUUUCCCCUCUGAGGCAGUUUGGCCUCUACGUAAUGUUCAAAAACUUAAUUUUCAGCCAUACUGUCAUUUGCCCAUUGACUCCAUCCUGUUACCAAGUGACCAAAAAAAUCUGCUUGAUUAUUAUUUCGGCUUCACAUUACCACUGAUGUUAUUUUGAAGGAUGUGUUGAAAAUAUACACAAGUAUCUCUAAGCUUACAUUUUUUACAUGUGCAUAGAUUUAUUUGACAGUUUUGUAUAAACCGCAGCUUUUGUCCAUUAUAUUAACUUUUGUUUAACCACCACAUAUACUGUAAUUGAGCAUUUGAACAUUUUCACCUCACAACAACUGCGAUCAGUCAUGUGCAUAGAAAACGUCCGUCAGUCAUAGUAUUUUCAAUAAAAAUAAAAUCCAGGGAAACGUCUUUGUUUUGAUAAUGACUAACAUCUUGAGAAUGAUCAGAUUUACAACAUAUGAGGUAACUCUUGCAGAACCUCAUAAUGUUGUUUUGGUCUUUUGUACCAUAACUGAUUUAUAACCACUUUAAUUUGCUCAUUUCAUUUUCAAUGAAAGUUUUAUAAGAUUACUCAUUACAGUCAUUCCAACUGCAGCAAAGUCAUUUGUUUAAGUCUUUACAUAAAAUAAUGUUAUAAAAUGUAACAUAGUGCUUAAAACCAAAUGUGCGUGCGCUUUGUGCCAUGAAAUAAAAUGUCCAUUAUGAGAA